GCACUGAACUCGGAAGUCGAAGAUUUCCGAGUUCCCAGUUGGUUUGAAUGCGGCAAUAACAUGACCACUACCUUGCUGCUCGACAGUAAGCGAAUCGAUCAGCAGGCAACUGUAGAAUUCAACAUGGCUGCCUUGCACGGUCGGUAAGGGAGUUAUUUUCAUCUCAGAAGCGGAUAGCUAGCUUUUUCACUAUCUAAAUCCAGAGAUAAAUACAUUUUCGUAGCCUGGGCCUCUCAAGCAGACGCAAUGGCUCAGUGCGUACAGUCGGUGCAGGAGUUCAUCCAGGACUCGUUUGUCCCGAUGGUGGCGGUCCUGUGUAGCGAAGAUGCGGAGAAAGUGACUCGUAAAAACAACCUGAAUUUCUCGGAGCUGCUAAGGCCCUUCUGCCGGUUAACCUCCGAAGGUCACAUGAGGGACCCCAACAACCAGGUGCAGGUGGUGAAGAACCUUCGUAUCAGCGUCAACAACGUGGUGACACGCCCUUCUGUCCCUGCCUCCGGCAUCCCUGGCCAUGCCCAGCGACGGCUGCUCAGCGAGGUGGUGUCGACAUGCCAACCGGCUGAAGGUGGCGUUUCCAAUGUCAUAACUGCCGGCGACUAUGACCUCAAUAUUAGUGAUCGCUCUCUUAAAGCUAGCGUCCCCUGGUACAGUGACUGGAGGGACACGCUAACGGAACUCAGCACCUCCAAGCAUUACACAGCCACGACUCCCUGGUUUGAGGCGUACAGAGAGAGCUUCCUCCAGUCCAUGCCUGCCUCCGACCAUGAGUUCCUCAACCACUACCUCGCUUGUCUGUUGGUGGUGUCAUCCAGUGAGGCUGUACCAGUGGAGAAGUUCCUCAAGCUGUCUCAGGAGCAGCACAGGAUCCAGCACAGCGGCGAAUACACCAACCCCAAGUGGUUCAUCCCCAACACACUUAAAUACUACGUCCUACUGCACGACAUGAGCCAGGGAAACGAACAGAGGGCUGACUCUGUGUAUGAGGAUAUGAAGCAGAGGUAUGGUGCUCAGGGUUGUUACCUGUUGAAGGUCAACUCUCGUACGGCAGCAGCAGGAGCAGACGAACAGAUCCCAGACCCAUGGAGCCAGUACCUUCACAAGAGCAGCCUGCAAAGCCAGGAUCAGUAUGAGGAUCCAGCCCCAGCCCCUGUAGUGGUGAACAACACUGCUGUAGAGAACAACGUAGGAGGAACAUCCGAGGUGGAUGGACACGACUCAGAAGAGAAAGACGGAGUCUUGGUCAACAGUCUGGACAACACCCAUCCCCUCCAGCUGGAUACACCCAGUGACACGCCCGGUAGCCUCGACGCUCUCAGGGCCGUCGCCGUGGAAACCAAGCCACCGCCUAUCGCCACGGGAAUGGCAGCGGCCGCCAGCCAUGGGGCGUGCCUAACGCUGAACGACCACGACCGCAUCAGACUGUUCAUCCAGGAGUUUACCUUCAGGGGACUACUGCCUCACAUAGAGAAGAACAUCAGACAGCUCAAUGACCAGCUGGUCUCCAGGAAAGGCUUGAGUCGCUCUCUUUUCUCUGCCACUAAGAAGUGGUUUGGAGGAGGGAAAGUUCCAGAGAAGAGUAUUGCUGAACUGAAGAACACUUCUGGCCUCCUCUAUCCCCCAGAAGCCCCUGAGCUGCAGAUCAGGAAGAUGGCUGACCUGUGUUUUCUGGUUCAGCACUAUGAGCUGGCCUACAGCUGCUACCACACGGCCAAGAAGGAUUUCCUCUCUGACCAGGCCAUGCUCUAUGCCGCUGGGGCACUGGAGAUGGCAGCAGUGUCUGCGUUUCUACAGGUUGGGGCUCCAAGGCCGUAUCCAGCACACUACAUGGACACGGCAAUACAGACCUACAGAGAUGUGUCCAAGAACAUGGUCCUAGCUGAACGUUGUGCUCUGCUCAGUGCUGAGGUACUAAAGAGUCAGGCCAAGUACUCUGAUGCUGCUACCCUCCUCAUCAAGAUGACCAGUGAGGACUCUGACCUGCGUUCUGCCCUCCUAUUGGAGCAGGCAGCCCACUGUUUUAUUAACAUGCGGAACCCCAUGGUCAGGAAGUUUGCCUUCCACAUGAUCCUGGCAGGACACCGCUUCAGCAAGGCAGGGCAGAAGCGCCAUGCGUUGCGGUGUUACUGCCAGGCCAUGCAGGUGUAUAAGGGUAAAGGCUGGUCCCUGGCUGAGGACCAUAUCAACUUCACUAUCGGCCGCCAGUCCUUCACCCUGCGCCAACCAGAGAACGCUGUCUCAGCCUUCAGACACAUCCUCACCAACGACAGCCAGCAAACCUCCACACAGCAGGGAGCCUUCCUCCGGGAAUACCUCUACGUCUACAAGAAUGUGACGGGUGUGUGUGAGGUGGCGCUACCCCAGCUGCCCCUACCCUGCAUCAACAGCUCUGCCACCAGGGUCUACUUCGGCCAUGAACGCCGCCUGGCAGAGGGUGAGAAGCAGGCAGCCACCCACGUGUCCUUGGACCAGGAGUUUGACCGGGACCUAGCUGCCAUGUGGCAGGACCUCGAGGAACAGGUGGUUGCCGCCGCCAACCGUGGGGUCGUCCCGGCAACGUUUCAACCCACCCAGUGCUGCCUGAACAGUCAGACGGACAACCUCCGCAUCCCGCUUGCUGUUGUGGAGGAACCCAUCAUAGUUGAGGUGGUGUUCCGGAACCCUCUAAAGGUUCCACUGGUUCUCUCUGACCUCUCGCUGCUCUGGAAGUUCACGCUCAAAGACUUCAAUCGACCGCAACCGCAGGAAGACUCGGUCGGAGACGCCGUGGCCAUCAGCAACGAGAAGGAGGCCAUCACUCCCAGGACCCCACAGAAAGAUGACGUCAUCGCCACAGAAGUCAUCCCAGAGUUCUACCUGAGCCCUGAGGAGACGAGAUUGGCUCGUCUGAAACUGCUGCCCCACCAGACAGGUCAACUCAACAUCCUGGGUCUGGUCUAUAACCUGGCCUCCACCCCCUCUACUGGAGACACUACUAUCAACAGCACCGCAGCCUCACAGAGCGAAGGUCCCUCAGCGGCAGAGGGGACGUCAGUUCGUGGUCGACAGGACCUAGAGAUCCAGGGACCACGGUUGAACCAGACCAAAGAGGAGAAGACCUCAGUCAGCCACGGUCCUGACCGACGUCUCGACCCCACCAUCACCCCUCCCAUGCCCCUGCUAGAGGUAUUCUUCCUCCAGUUCCCUACCGCCCUGCUAUGUGGUGAGAUCAGGAAGGCUUACGUGGAGUUCUGUAACGUGAGUCGCGUUACCCUGUGUGGCCUGCGGGUGGCGUCCACGCACCCAGACUUCUUUACCUUUGGAAGCACCUCCUUAGCCACACCUCUCACCCCACUCAGCCCCACCUCUUUUGAAAACUGCUCCGCCUACAAAACUCUGGCCACACCCCCUGGCGCCACGCCCGGGUCCGUUGCCGCGGUGACACUGGUUUCAGCGGGGGACUUUGGGUCGGGGACAGGGUUGGGAGGAGGAGGAGUGUCCGGUGCGGGUACGGGGGGUAAAUGGGUAGCAGAGAUCCCUCUAGGAGAGGGGACACUAAAGCCUGGAGAAUCUACCCAGCUGCCCCUGUGGCUGAGAGGACCAGACCAGGAAGGAGUCCACGAGAUCAACUUCCUGUUCUACUACGAGAGCGCCGAGAAGGGAGGCAAGAUCAGUCACAGGGUGUUGCGUCACACAGUAUUUAUUUGUGUGAGUCGUUCACUGUCUGUUCGGGCCACAGCUUGUCGUAGUAACACACUGCCGGAGGAGGAGGAGGAGGGGGAGGAGGGGAGGAACGGCAGCAUGCUGGUCUUUGUUGACGUGGAGAACAUCAACUCAAGUGAGGCUGGGGUGCGUGAGUUUCACAUUGCACAGGUCUCUAGCAGCAGUAAGCAGUGGAGACUACACAAGUGUAUAAACCCAGCAGAAGACAAAGAUUGCAAACUCACCAGCAGAGAGAGGGGAAAGCUGUGCUUCAGAGCAACACGAUGCAAACCCCUGCAAGUUACCUCGAAGGCAGUAGAGAAAUACACCUUUGCAGACCUGAGCCUUGGGAAUGAACAGAUCAUCACCUCCACCACUCCAUGUGCAGAUUUCUUCUUCCGGAGGUGUCAGCCCUUGGAGUCUCUUAGACUGCCCGUUGCCAUAGAGACACAGGGGAGACAUUCCAGGAGUCAAGGGGCGGGGCAUGGGGGCGGGGCCAAGGAUAUAACGGGCGUAGUCAGGAAGUGCAACGAGGUGGACCUCGACAUCAUUAUUCUCUGGAAGGCAUUUGUUGUUGAGGACAACAAGCAGGUGAUCCUAGAGGGACAGCUUCAUGUGGCUCUACAGACCAUUGACAAAGAGGCCUGCUCUUUGACACAGAAAGAGGAGGCUCAGGAGAUGGUGCUGCUGAAGUUUAAACCAGAGCUUCCUCCUCCAAUGACACGACCCUCUAUGGAACAGCUCUCCCACCUCAUCAAGACCAACCUGCACUACCCAGAGAGCUACAGCCACCCUUUCAUUCAGAAGAGUCUCUGUAUGGUUCCAGUCACUUUGACUCUGUCUAACUGCUCCCUGGCUAAAGUUGAUGUCAUCAUUGACCUACGACACAAAACUACCAGCCCUGAGUCUCUCGAGGUGCACGGUUCGUUUACAUGGCUGGGCCAAACGCAAUACAAGCUGCAGUUGAGGGCACAGGAAGUGAUGCGAGUGCCGCUGCGAGCCUGCUUCCUGCAUGCGGGCGUCUAUAACCUGGGAACGCCACGGGUCUUUGCCAAGCUGGCGGACCAGGGAGCCAUGUGUGAGACCAGCCAGCAGACGGCCACGCCAGCACUCAUCAUCAUCAUCAACAGCACCUGAACAUUGUCCCGCCCCAUCAUCAAUAGCCAAUGAAUCAUCUGUCAAUCAUCACUACCAAGGUUCCCCAUUUGGAUAAAAUCUGUUGAGUCGCCAAUUGGUUGGCAACAACAGGGUUGAGAGCUCUGAGACCCACCCAGCAAGAAGUUUUUUCCACAUCCCAUCUUUCCACCAAGUCUCAAAUCACCAACUCAACUCACCGCCCUAAAAAUGUGACAGAUUUGUCCAAUUAUGUAAAAAAAUUUAAUUGUGCAUCAGUUGAGCUUGUAACCACUUUGAUGGUCAGACUGUUAGCUAUUUUAUGUUCCAGCAACAAAGCAAAGGAUCAUGGAUUUACAUGUGGAAGAAGGAACUAUUUUCUCUCUCUCUGCGUAUUAAUCUAUCAUCUCAGCGGAGGCGCUUUGGUUUUGACCUUUUUUUAUUUGAUUAAAUCGACAGGUGAAAGGGAAGGACACAGAACAGACAAAGACGUUCUAAACAAAGACGACAAUGACGUGUCUCCUAUGGUAACGGUGGCAUCUGUCUGCCGCCAGAGAUUUUUGUUAUUUUAGUUUUUUUGACAAACAUUAUAACAGGUUGUUGUUGAGUUGUCACUGUGGUGAUGACAUUGUUUACUUCCUGGAUUAACCUGGAUGAGGAAGUAGGAAGAACUGCCCCACAUGGACCGGACCCUCGGCACAUCACAAACCCUUUAGAAUAUGAACCAGAGGUUGACCACUAUACUAUGUGACUAAUGAACAAAUCCUUUGACUGACAGGCCCUGAUGCUGCCUGUCCACCUGUCUGUUGUUGGUCUGUAGUCCAUCUGGACUUACUGUGCUAUCAGUCACCACGAGCACAUUUAAUUUUCUACAAAACAAACUAAUGAACCAAUCAAAUCAACAUGAUCCCUAUAUUUCUCCCUCAUUGGACCUCCUCCACCUUGUGAUCAAGCUGUUAUUUAAAUGUAUCUAUUUACUCAACUGCUUUUCAGAUGAAAAUGAUGUAUUAUAUUUAUAACAAAUUUACUGUAAAUAGAAAUAAAACGUAACCAAUGAUA